GUUGCAAAUAACUUUCCAGGCAAGCCAGGUCAAGGGAAACCAGUCCGCAGACUGUCAACAACAUGGAGCCGGCGGGGCAGGUCGUCCUGUUAGCGGUCAGCCUGGCCUUUGUUAACCCAGUCACCGCGGAAAUAAAUGUUGGUCUCAACAAAAAGGCCUCACAGAGCAGUUUGCUGAGAUCGGAAUAUCCUGCGGAACGAGCUGUGGACGGAAACACAGGAACCAUUCUGUACCCUCUAAAGGAAUGCACACACACGGACCUGGAGUACGAGCCGUGGUGGAAGGUUGAUCUUGGAGACACUUACGUCAUCAGUCACGUGACAGUCAUUAACCGUGGAGACUGCUGUGGAGAACGACUGCGAAACUUCAUGUUACGAGUCGGUCCUUAUGAGGACUUCCGUGAAAAUACACCAUGUGGUGACAUUUACUCGGAAAUUCCAUCGGAAGGAGAGACUAUCGACGUGCGGUGUGAGGAGCCCAUCUCAGGGAGGUGGGUGUCUGUCCAGCUGAUCGGCCGGGAGGACUACCUGUCUCUGUGUGAGGUACAGGUGUUUUCAGGAACAGACCAACCAGUCGCUCCUUCCAUCACACAUCCUCCAGUAGACACAACAGGUGUUGAUGGUGACGUCAUCACUCUGUUUUGUGAGGCAAAUAUGAAGCUCAACAUCCUAUGGCAAAAGGGCGGAAGGACAAUCAUCCCAGGUGCCCGGAACAGAUAUGACGUCAUAGAGUAUCAUAAUGGACGAGCGUCUGCGCUGAGAAUAGACCCCCUGCGAAGCCCACGUGAUAAUGACACAUUUACGUGCAGAGCGGAAAGCGUCAACGACGGGUCUGUAGUAGAGGCUAGUGCGGCAAUCAACAUAUUAACAGAGGGCAGUCUACCAGCUGGCUUCCCUGAUAUAACCUGGCAACCUCAACUGAAAGCAGUAGAGAAAGGCCGCCCGACGGUUCUCGUGUGCAGUGCAAGUGGAGACCCUGCACCUGACAUCACCUGGUUGAAAGAUAUGGUCCCAGUAGACAUGACAGACGAUCGGAUAAAGCUUUUGAGCUCAGGUUCUCUUCAAAUCAACAGUACCCGUGAGGAAGAUGAAGGCACAUACGAGUGUGUGGCUACCAACAGCCUGGGCACGCGCUACUCUUACAAAGCCAACCUAUAUGUUCGGGUACGCAGAGUCCCACCUUAUUUUAUCACCACUCCGGAAAAUGUUGAGGUCAACCGAGGAGACGACGUUAACCUCACCUGUGUGGCUUUUGGCUCUCCCAUGCCUUUUGUACAAUGGCUUAAGGACUACGAGAAUGUUGAAGAGCAAACUUCACAGAAUGGACGGAAUAUUCUUCAGCUGGAAAAUUUAGUCGAAAGCGCCAACUACACCUGUGCAGCUUCAAGCGAGUUGGGUUUAAUCGAACACAAAUCACAAGUGACAGUUAAAGUCGCUCCUUCCAUCACACAUCCUCCAGUAGACACAACAGGUGUUGAUGGCGGCGUCAUCACUCUGUUCUGUGAGGCGAAUGUGAAACUAAACAUCGAGUGGAGAAAGGGCGACAGGACAAUCAUCCCAAGUGCCACUAACAGAUAUGACGUCAUACAAUAUCAGCAUGGACGAGCGUCUGCGCUGAGAAUAGACCCCCUGCGAAGUCCACGUGAUAAUGACACAUUUACGUGCAGAGUGGAAAACGACAACGACGGGUCUGUAGUAGAGGCUAGUGCGGCCAUCAACAUAUUAACAGAAGACAGUAUACCAGCUGGCUUCCCUGAUAUAAACCGGCAACCUCAACUGAAAGCAGUAGAGAAAGGCCGCCCGACGGUUCUCGUGUGCAGUGCAAGUGGAGACCCUGCACCUGACAUCACCUGGUUGAAAGAUAUGGUCCCAGUAGACAUGGCAGACGAUCGGAUAAAGCUUUUGAGCUCAGGUUCUCUUCAAAUCAACAGUACCCGUGAAGAAGAUGAAGGCACAUACGAGUGUGUGGCUACCAACAGUCUGGGCACGCGCUACUCUUACAAAGCCAACCUGUAUGUUCGGGUACGCAGAGUCCCACCUUAUUUUAUCACCACUCCGGAAAAUGUUGAGGUCAACCGAGGAGACGACGUUAACCUCACCUGUGUGGCUAUUGGCUCUCCUAUGCCUUUUGUACAAUGGCUUAAGGACUACGAGAAUGUUGAAGAGCAAACUUCACAGAAUGGCCGGAAUAUUCUUCAGCUGGAAAAUGUAGUUGAAAGUGCCAACUACACCUGUGCAGCUUCGAGCGAGUUGGGUUUAAUCGAACACAAUGCACAAGUGACAGUUAAAGUUCCCAUUUCCAUCACACAUCCUCCAGUAGACACAACAGGUGUUGAUGGUGACGUCAUCACUCUGUUCUGUGAGGCGAAUAUGAAACUAAACAUCGAGUGGAGAAAGGGCGGCAGGACAAUCAUCCCAAGUGCCCGAAACAGAUAUGACGUCAUAGAGUAUCAGAAUGGACGAGCGUCUGCGCUGAGAAUAGACCCCCUGCGAAGCACACGUGAUAAUGACACAUUCACGUGCAAUGUGGAAAACGUCAACGACGGGUCUGUGGUAGAGGCCAGUGCGUCCGUCAACAUAAUGAAAGAGGGCAGUAUACCAGCUGGCUUCCCAGAUAUAACCUGGCAACCUCAACUGAAAGCAGUAGAGAAAGGCCGCCCGACGGUUCUCGUGUGCAGUGCAAGUGGAGACCCUGCACCUGGCAUCACCUGGUUGAAAGAUAUGGUCCCAGUAGACAUGACAGACGAUCGGAUAAAGCUUUUGAGCUCAGGUUCUCUUCAAAUCAGCAGUACCCGUGAAGAAGAUGAAGGCACAUACGAAUGUGUGGCUACCAACAGUCUGGGCACGCGCUACUCUUACAAAGCCAACCUGUAUGUUCGGGUACGCAAAGUCCCACCUUAUUUUACCAUAACUCCGGAGAAUGUUGAGGUCAACCAAGGAGACAACGUUAACCUCACCUGUGUGGCUAUUGGCUCUCCUAUGCCUUUUGUACAAUGGCUGAAAGACUACGAGAAUGUUGAAGAGCAAACUUCACAGAAUGGCCGGAAUAUUCUUCAGCUGGAAAAUUUAGUAGAAAGCGCCAACUACACCUGUGCAGCUUCGAGCGAGUUGGGUUUAAUCGAAUACAAUGCGGAAGUAACAGUUAAAGAUACACUCCCUAUGGUGGACGGUUAUACCGCCCGGCGCGGGGGCUGCCCUGGAAAUGACAUCUGGAUUAUUUACGCCCGCUCCACCACGUUAGAACAGUGUGCUCGGGAGUGCACAAUACAUCCACGAUGUGUUGCCUUCCAGUUCUUUGAUAACCACGAAUGCUACCCAAAGUCCAAGUCUUGUGAGGAAACUGUGAAGACAAACCCAAAGAACGUUUUGUAUGACAAGAUUGUUGAUACACUCCCUAUGGUGGACGGUUAUACCGCCCGGCGCGGGGGCUGCCCUGGAAAUGACAUCUGGAUUAUUUACGCCCGCUCCACCACGUUAGAACAGUGUGCUCGGGAGUGCACAAUACAUCCACAAUGUGUCGCCUUCCAGUUCUUUGAUAACCACGAAUGCUACCCAAAGUCCAAGUCUUGUGAGGAAACUGUGAAGACGAACCCAAAGAACGUUCUGUAUGACAAGAUUGUUGAUACACCCCCUAUGGUGGACGGUUAUACCGCCCGGCGCGGGGGCUGCCCUGGAAAUGACAUCUGGAUUAUUUACGCACGCUCCACCACGUUAGAACAGUGUGCUCGGGAGUGCACAAUACAUCCACGAUGUGUCGCCUUCCAGUUCUUUGAUAACCAUGAAUGCUAUCCAAAAUCCAAGUCUUGUGAGGAAACUGUGAAGACGAACCCAAAGAACGUUUUGUAUGACAGGAUUGCUGACACACCCCCUAUGGUGGACGGUUAUACCGCCCGGCGCGGAGGUUGUCCUGGAAAUGACAUCUGGGUUAUUUACGCCCGCUCCACCACGUUAGAACAGUGUGCUCGGGAGUGCACAAUACAUCCACGAUGUGUCGCCUUCCAGUUCUUUGAUAACCACGAAUGCUACCCAAAAUCCAAGUCUUGUGAGGAAACUGUGAAGACAAACUCAAAGAACGUUUUGUAUGACAGGAUUGUUGAUACACCUCCUAUGGUGGACGGUUAUACCGCCCGGCGCGGGGGCUGCCCUGGAAAUGACAUCUGGAUUAUUUACGCCCGCUCCACCACGUUAGAACAGUGUGCUCGGGAGUGCACAAUACAUCCACGAUGUGUCGCCUUCCAGUUCUUUGAUAACCACGAAUGCUACCCAAAGUCCAAGUCUUGUGAGGAAACUGUGAAGACAAACCCAAAGAACGUUUUGUAUGACAAGAUUGUUGGUGAGUAA